CGCCAUGUUCUCUUUCCCUAGAAACAUUCACCGUACGUGUCUCCAUUCACUCCUACGACGCAGCUUAGCAUUUCAAGCUGACAUCUACCGGCCGAGAAGAGCCAUUCUCUACGUUCCAGGAAAUGACGAGAGAAAAAUCCGCAAGGCAGCGGCUACAGACGUUGAUUCUGUGGUUCUGGAUUGUGAAGAUGGAGUCGCAAUGAACAGAAAAAAUGAAGCUCGCUCUACUAUAUCAAGAUCUCUUUCUGCUUACGAUUUUGGUCGAAGCGAACGUAUUGUACGAAUCAAUGCAUACGACAGCGGAUCAGCUGUUGCUGAUCUCCAAGCCGUUCUAGCAUCAGCAUCACCACCGGAUGCCGUAAUUCUACCAAAAGUUGAAGAUGCGGAGCAAGUGAAUUGGAUCAACUCUCAGAUGUUAUCACUACUGGGACACACUCUACCAUUAAUCUGUCUUAUCGAGAUGCCUCUUGCUCUGCUCAACUUACGCACGAUCUGUGAGGCCGGAAAAACAGGGAAUGGCCAACUGAGCGGCCUGAUAUUUGGAGCUGAUGAUUUUGCAGCAUUUUUAGGUGCCGUCAGAUCUCCAUCUGCAACUGAAGUGUUAGUAGCAAGGCAAACGGUCGUAAUGCACGCAAAAGCAUACGGACUGCAGGCUAUUGAUAUAGUUGAUAUCAACUACAAAAAUCUCGAGUCUCUCAAACAUGCAGCAGAAGAGGGACGCAAGAUUGGAUACACAGGAAAGCAAGUGAUUCAUCCCGAUCAAGUUCCUAUUGUGCAGCAAGCGUUUAGUCCAAGCGAGGAGGAGGUAGAGUGGGCGAAGAAGUUGAUUACAGCAUUUGAGGAACAUCAGAAGUCAGGAAAGGGAGCGUUUGCAUUUGAAGGUCAAAUGGUGGACAUGCCACUAAUGCGACUCGCACAGAACAUCAUGCAGCUAAUGAGAGUCACUCAAUAGAAAUUUCUAUAUAAAUUUUAGUUAAUAAUAAUGUAAAGUAUUGACACAUUGUCAGUCGUGUUGUGCAAUGGUGGAAUAGACAGCUGAAUCAUGGCCAUAGCAAGCACUUUUGAAGUGGUCAAGUGUAAUGCACACUAAAGAGCAUGGUCACGUGAUGUGAUAAAUACAAGAAAUAAUGGGAUAAAUUUGAGAGUACACAUGUGCAGCGAGUUGUUGGGACCAAAAGGGUCUGGAGAUUGGGGCUACACACAAAUGGACAGACAGAUGAAUGACAAAAAUGGACAAACACACAAACAGAUGAUGACAAAAUGGACAAACACACAAACAGACAGAUGGAUGACAAUAAUGGACAGCGAGAUGAAUGACAAAAUUAACGAACACACAAAUAGACAGACAGGUAAACAGACAAAUGGACA